UAUUAUUAUUAUUAAGCACUUAACUUUCUGUGUUUCGUGUGAUUGUGUUUAGUGUGUUGUCUUACUCGUGGUUGGCGCUUCUCUCAAGUUWAAUGUUGCCUUCCAGCCGUCAAGUUUGAAAAAGUUUGUCUCCAAAGUUCAAAUGGAAUCAAAUAAAAUGGUGGAAAAGUGAUGAUUGCUGACAGAAGUAGUGAUUGACGAUUGUGUUCCAUUUUGAAGAAACAUUGAUAUAUUAAUUCAUUCAGCAGAACACAAGAGCUUUCAAAAAAGAUUCACAACCGUAAGCUUAUUUUAUAAUUAAAAUAUCUGUUCAAAUUUCUUGUGUGGUUCAAAUAUGUAUGAACCAGAAGUUUUCGAAGAAGAUUUGCUAAUUCCACCUGGAGAAGAUGUUACUCUUCCCCCAGCCCUUGAACAAGCAUUGAACAAUAUUCAAGCAACAGAGUAUUCACAAGAAGAUAACACCGAAGUUGUACAGCCUACAGUUGAAGAUGUUGAGGAUGAGGAUGAUUAUGASGAUGAUGAUGAUGAAGAAGAACAAAUAGUUAAAAUGUCUUCUAAAGAUCGUAAAGUAGCUAAAAGAAGGAAGAAAAAGUAUAAGAAAAAAAAGAAGAAACAAUUAAAAAAUGAGCAAAAAGUAAAAGAAACAACAUCCUCAGACAAAGAGAACAAGGUUGAUAAAUUAGAUAUUGAGGUUGAAUACAUACAAGAAACUUUAAGCGUGUUCAACCUUGUACCUAUGUAUAGGCAAUAUGCUAAAGUGUUUGAGAAUUUCAAAAUUCCUGAACCAGAACAAAAACCAGCAGAUCUAGAUGGUGGUCAAGAAGCUACUUUACCCAGUUUAGAUUUAAAGAAAGUGCCUAAGCUCCCUGAACAAGAAGAUGAUGAUGAUCUUAGAGAUAAAGAUGGAGAAAAUCAGCAGAAGGGCUCUGAUAAAUUGUCAAGAAGGCAAUUUAAAAAGGUUACUCGUUUAAGUGUAGCUGAAUUAAAGCAACUUGUUUCUAGACCAGAUGUUGUAGAAAUGCAUGACGUUACUGCCAGAGAUCCUCAUCUCUUAAUACAAUUAAAAGCACAUCGUAACACAGUACCUGUACCUCGUCAUUGGUGCUUUAAGCGUAAGUAUUUACAAGGUAAACGAGGUAUUGAAAAGCCACCAUUUGAUUUACCUGAUUUUAUUAAGCGCACUGGUAUCAUGGAGAUGAGAGCUGCUCAUCAAGAAAAAGAAGAUGAAAAGUCGUUAAAAAAUAAAAUGAGAGAAAGGGUUCGRCCUAAAAUGGGAAAGAUUGAUAUUGAUUACAAAAAAUUACAUGACGCGUUUUUUAAAUUGCAAACUAAACCAAGAUUAUCUCUUCAUGGUGACUUGUAUUAUGAAGGCAAAGAAUAUGAGACUAAACUUAGAGAAAAGAAACCUGGUGACUUAAGUGCUGAAUUACGUACUGCGUUAGGUAUGCCAGUCGGUCAUAACGCUCACAAAGUUCCUCCACCGUGGCUUAUCGCUAUGCAGCGUUAUGGUCCACCGCCGUCUUAUCCAGCACUUAAAAUACCUGGUCUUAAUGCUCCCAUUCCUGAAGGAUGUUCUUUCGGUUACCAUGCUGGUGGUUGGGGAAAACCUCCUGUAGAUGAACGUGGUCGACCUCUUUAUGGUAAUGUGUUUGGUACACCAUCUGAUUAUGAUGAAUCACAUGUAGCUGAAGAGCAAAUUGAUAAAUCUAUGUGGGGAGAACCAGAUUCUGAAUCGGAUGCAGAAGAAAGUGAAGAGGAGGAAGAGGAAGAAGAAGUUAAAGAAACCGAAGAAGUAGCAAUUGACGCUAGUGGUAUUGCCACACCGGUCGCUGAAGGCUUAGCUACACCAUCAGGAAUUAUGUCUGGAUUACCAAGUGGUUACGAAACACCCGAAUAUAUUGAAUUAAGAAAACGAAAGAUUGAAUCUGAAAUGGAAAGUAGCGAACAACAACCACUCUACCAUGUCUUACCAGAGAAGAAGGUAGACACUGUCCGUGGCUCUAUGAUGGCAUCUACACACAUGUAUGACAUACCAACUGCUGCGUCAAAUAAACCUGGUGAAGUUGAAGUCAGCUUAGAUCCAUCUGAAUUGGAAUUAGCUGGAGAUGUAGAAGCUAUGGCAGCUAGAUAUGAGCAAAGAAUGAAGGAUCAACAGGGCGGGGAAGAUGAUGGCACAGAAACCGAAAAGAAA